UUUCAGUUGCAAUAAACAUUUCUGGGAUGCUGGCGGCAAGUUCGGAAUUAUGGCGUCAUUUUCUAAAAUAUUUCUACUACUAUUGAGCGCAUUUAUAAAGCUGCAUUUCACAGCAUUUGCACUCCCAUUAGAAAAUGACAAGGAUUUAAAAGAAAUCGCCGACAAUAAGCCGCCAAAUGAAAAAAGCAUAAUACCGGAUACACCAGGUGUGCGGGAGUUCAAAAAGGGCUUAGUGGACCACUUAGUAGCAAGCCUUGGGAACGAAGAAGGAGACGAAUCUGGUGUCUACAGCGCUCAACUGUCUUCAGGGGAAGUUGAUUUGCCCUGCACAAAUGAUACUGUUAGAAUAGCAAUUAUUAGCAGCAGUUUUCCAUUGCCAGAGCGUUUUUUCCAUACUCCAAAGAGAUGCUCGGAAGAAAUGCAGUGAAUAAAAUAAUAAACUAAAUUAAUAAAUGAAUAAAUAAUGUUAAUGAAGCGACGAAUCAUAGUGAUAAAAUAGAAAAUGUUUAAAAGUCUUUAAAAAAAAAUUUU